AUGUCUUAUCAACAGCCUCCUCCUCCACAAUACGGUCAAGCACCUCCACCAGGCAGUGGUGGAUAUCAACAAAGACCCCCUCCUGGUUAUGGUGGGUACCAACAGCAAGCCCCUCCUCCAGGUACUCCUGCUCCUCACUCCGCUGGUGCUGGAGGCUAUGGCCAAGGUAUUCAGCAACAGCAACAACAGCAACAACAAGGUUACGGUACUCAAGCUCCCUACGGUGUAGCGCCAUCAGCUGACCAACAACAGUUGUGGACAUGGUUUAAAGCAGUUGAUACAGAUGGUUCAGGUCAAUUAUCAGCUGAUGAAUUGCAAAGGGCACUUAUUAAUGGUGACUGGAGCCCAUUUAAUAUUGAAACUGUUCGUUUGAUGGUCAACAUGUUUGACUCUGAUAACAGUGGUACCAUUAACUUUAAUGAAUUUUCUGGCUUAUGGAAAUAUAUCGAAGACUGGAAGAAGUGCUUCCAAGCAUUUGAUGUUGAUCGUUCAGGAAGUAUUAAUGAGACCGAAAUGGGAAAUGCCUUGAGAACAUUUGGCUUCAAUGUAUCACCCAAGUUUAUUAACACAUUAAUUCAAAAAUUUGAUCGUUACGGAAAAGGAGAUGUUACAUUCGAUAACUUUGUUCAAGCAUGUGUUACAGUCAAGACACUGACUGAUUCAUUUAGACAAUUUGAUAAUGAUAACGAUGGAUGGAUUCAAAUCAACUAUGAACAGUUUUUGGACCUUGUUGUUCGUCAACGAGCUUAA